GAAAUGUUCUUUGAGUCUCAGAGUAUAUAUUUAGCGGGUUUUAUUAACUUAGAUCCUCAGGAUGCAACGUUUUGUAAAUCGCAGCUGGGCCAGAAAUAUCACUGGCAACCCACCAUAAUGAUGUGUGUAGCAGGAACAUGGAAGGUCAGGUCAGGACAGAGUGGCAUAGCAAGCCAGGAUCCCCAUCCCAUCACAGAUCGAUACCUCCUCACUCUGUCACCUCCUCAGCUCCCACGAUCGUCGGAGAUCUCUAUGCUUGCCCACAUCUGGCCUCUUCAUCCUUCCUAAUCGCUCUAUCAUUGGUGGCUUCAAGUUCCCGGGCCCGGAGCUCUGAAAUUCUCUCUAAACCUUUUCGCCUCUCUUAUUAAAGGUUCAUUAAACCCUGCUUUUUUUAAAAACCCAGCUUUUGGUCGUUUGCCCUAAUAUCUCCUUAUGUGGCUCGAUGUUAUUAUUUUUGGUAACACUUCUGCGAAGCGCGAAUGAAAUUUCUACUCGCGAAAGGCACAAUAUAAAUACAGUUGUUGUUGCUGUAGGGUUUGACUUAAAUUCAAAUUCUGUUAAUUACAUGUAAACACCAGGCAGCAACAGUAACACGACACUCCGCCCAAUUCAAUAUUGUGGAUAAUGGAAAGAUUCUUAUGCGUACAGUUGGUAAAUAAAAUGCAAAACCCCUCGCACGACUGUUUCGAGACGGUGCAAGCAGUCUGCGCGUUCUGGGGCUGUAGGAGCUUUUUGACUGAACCAUUUAGGUAGUGCACAACUGAUGCAUGUUUUGAGACUUUAACCGUUGGAGGGCAAUCAAACUUUAUUGAAUUGUUGCACUCUCCCAAACUUUGUACCUCACCAACAGCCUGACGUCAGUGAAGUGAAUGUCAGGAUCAGGUAGUGAAACUGCCACAGGUUGCGAGUUGCGGAAGUGCUCUCUGCACGAGGUGCGAGCCAAGCAGAAAUUUCAGCACCGUUAAGAAGCUAAGAGGAUCUUUUUGUUUUUCUUUUUUAAAAAAAGAUUCGCUCGGAUUCAAACUUCUAUUUAUUUGUAUUGGUGGGGGUUUGGGGGUGGGAGCGUUUUGCUGAAACAGUAUGGGGGAGAUCUGCGCCCCCGCAGGGACAUAUACAACGCACAGAGUAGCACAGCACAGGAGGAGAAGAUGAAUUCUCAAAAGCAGUUGACCCAUUCCAUGGCCAUCCGUGGCGAAAUCCAGAGGUUUGAGAGCGUCCAGCCCAAUGUAUACAAUGUCUACAAGUUGCUGCAUCGCGUUGCCGAUCCAUCACUGCGGAACACCAUCCAAGAACUUGUUACACGAAUUGAAGAGGCCUUUGUGAACAGUCAAGAAUGGACGUUAAGCCGCUCGGUCCCAGAGCUCCGGUUGGGAUUGGUCGGCAGUCUGCGCAGUGGCAAAUCCGCCCUCGUCCAUCGAUAUCUGACUGGCACUUACAUCCGGGAUGAGUCUCCGGAAGGUGGUCGAUACAAGAAAGAAAUCAACGUGAAUGGUCAGAGCCACUUGCUGCUGAUUAGGGAUGAAGGAGGUCCUCCAGAUGCGCAGUUUUCCACAUGGGUCGAUGCCGUUAUAUUUGUCUUCAGCUUGGAAAACGAGAAGAGCUUCCAGACCAUCUAUAAUUACUACACCCGGUUGGUGAAUUACAGGAGUGCAACAGAGAUUGCCGUGAUGCUGGUGGGAUCGCAGGAUGCAAUCAGCGCCACCAAUCCACGAGUCAUUGAUGAUGCCCGGGCACGUAAACUCUGUGCCGACUUGAAACGCUGCAUGUAUUACGAGACCUGCGCGACAUACGGACUCAAUGUCGAUCGAGUGUUUAAUGAAGUUGCCCAGAAGGUCUCAGCAAUUAAGAAGCAGCAGCACCUUUUUGUCACAUCGUGCAAGUCUCUGCCGAGCUCGCCGAGCCAUUCUGCCGGCUCCACCCCAGUCUCAGCCAUUCACAGCAGCCAGGCAAGCAAUGGUGGCAACAUGAGUGAGUAUUCCUCAUCCCUUCCCUCCACUCCAAACAUCAGUCACCGGGAACUGGCAACCGACAUCUCUCAAGUUUCCGGGACCCCUGGUUCUGUCCGCAAACACUCGAAGCGACGCCCCAGCCUGUUCACAGCUCGGCGGGGAAGCGAUACAGAGAGAAGGAGUCUGGACAGUAAGGCGGAUAACAUCGGAAGUGGCCGUGCCAUCCCAAUUAAACAGGGAGUGUUGUUGAAGAGAAGUGGAAACACACUAAACAAGGAGUGGAAGAAGAAGUAUGUGACGCUCUGCAACAAUGGGAUCUUGUCCUACCAUCCCAGUUUGCACGAUUAUAUGCAGAACAUCCAUGGAAAAGAGAUUGAUCUUCUCCGGACCACAGUUAAAGUUCCUGGCAAGCGUCCACCACGUGCUGUUUCAGCCAGUGGUGCCUCCACCAGUCUGAAUGGACUAGUGGGCAGCGGGCAAGAAAGUGUUGAUUCUCUACUUUCCGGCGGUUUAGACCCUGUUGCUGAGAAGGCAAUCAGCAGUGACACCAAGGUGAAAGGGACUCUCCCCAGCCUCUCUCCCAUUCCCAGCGGUGACCAGUGGAGUGAAAACAUCUUACGGACCCCUGAAGGAGCUGGCGCAGGGGAAGCCACGUGCAGUCCCUCAAGCAGCAAGCUGGACUUGCCACCCUCGCCCCAGAUAAACCGAAAGAAGCACCGGAGGAAGAAGAGUGUGAGCAAGGCCGAUGGCAUGAUGGGCCUGGCGGAAGAGCAAGAGGAGAACAUUGAGUUCACCAUUGUCUCCAGCACGGGCCAGAUGUGGUACUUCGAAGCUGUGAAUUUUGAAGAGAGGGAUGCCUGGGUCCAAGCCAUUGAGAGUCAAAUCCUGGCCAGUCUGCAGUCCUGCGAAAGUAGCAAAAACAAGGCUCGGAUGGACAGCCGGAGUGAAGCUGUCGCCCUUCAGGCGAUAAGGAAUGCGAAAGGCAACUCGUUCUGUGUUGACUGCACUGCUGCAAAUCCCACCUGGGCAAGUUUAAACUUAGGGGCACUCAUCUGUAUCGAGUGCUCUGGAAUUCACCGCAACCUUGGGACCCACCUUUCACGAGUCCGGUCCCUGGACCUUGAUGACUGGCCUUUGGAGCUAACUCUUGUGCUGACGUCCAUUGGGAAUGAGAUGGCAAACAGUGUGUGGGAGAGGAAUACUCGGGGGCGUAACAAGCCCACCCCCGAAUCUACACGGGAAGAAAGGGAGAAUUGGAUCAGAGCAAAGUAUGAGCAGAAGCUCUUUGUCGCACCCUUGAAAUACCGCGACAUUCCCAUUGGAAAGCAGCUGUUCCGAGCUGUCACGGAGAAGGAUCUUCACAACAUCCUACUGCUACUUGCUCAUGCCAAGAAAGAGCACAUCAAUGAAUGUACCGAUGACAAGGACAAGCGGACGGCCCUGCACCUCGCCUGUGAGCUGAAGGAUGUGGUGAUAACACAGCUCCUGGUCUGGUAUGGUGUUGACGUGAAGGCCAGAGACGUGAAUGGAAACACAGCUCUGUACCACGCUCGGCGGGCAGGUAGCCAAGAGUGCAUGGAUGUCCUGUUACAACAUGGCUGCCCCAGUGACGGCUGUAGCACAACGCCCAGCGUCAGCAGGAAAGGUCUCGGCGCCAGUUUCGGAAGAACUGACUCCAGGUUUCCACAUUAAAGAGAAGCCUUGAAGCACUCCUUUUGGUAUUGGUUUUAUAAGGGCAGCCUCCAGACUUUUCCCAAACCCCACACCCCCCCCACUCCCCACCCUUUCCCAUUUUAUUGCAGGAUUUGGUGAUCAGGAGGCGCACUUCAUGGAAGCCCGAUGCUAAUCUUACAACAAGCGACAAUACCAGUUGACCCAAAGUCUUCUGACUGAGUGAUUGAAACUGCUGUUCUUCAAUGCAAGAACUGUUCGAUGUUUUAAGGCUUAUUUCCUGAACUCUCCUUACCAGGUCAUAUCUAAAGGUAACAUGAGUGUCCCAAUUUGUAGAGCAGCUUUGGGAGCAAAGAUUUGAUAAUUCCUUUAAAAAAUUGGAAGUUGUUUACACAAAUCAAAAGCCGUGACGUGCUGGAGCCCUGCAGCGGCAGUAAGUUACAGAGGCCAGUUUUCAGCUACUAAUGUUUUAUAUUUGACAUAAUGUUGUCGGUUUUAUUUUCUAACUGUUUAAAUGGUGGUCCUACAAGUACCAAAUGUUCCCUUGCAGUUUUUUUUAUUUUUCAGAUGUGCAAUUGUAUUUAAAUUUGUAAAGGAAAUUUGUGUGUAAUAUUGGAUAUUACAGUAUUUAGUGAAAUGUGAAAAGUACAGAACCUUAUUUCGUACUCUCCUCUGAAGUACAAAGGAGAGUUGUAUAUCAGUCUACUGGGGGAUAGGAAAAGCAGUGUCGACCUUGGCCAUCUGAAAGGUUCCAAGAACAGGUUUUGGCCUUUGAGGUACCGUUAAUGCAGCAUUGUAAACAGUGCCCUGUAACCUUGCAUAAGCACACUGUGUCGUGCCUAGCAGUGUAGAACCAACAAUUCGAGAGAGUAUUUGAAGCUGGGCGUUUUGUUUCAGUACAAUCUGUUGCUGGCCAAACAAAAAGAAAUGAAGGCUUGCACCAACACAGAGCGGCAACAAAGAAAUGUCUGCAGCUCAAACCAACCUUGUGAUCCCAACAGAAGGGGCACCAUCUGACACGAAGGCAGUCAAAGGCUAAAGCAAAGAGAGGAGCAAAUCAAUAAGCAUUUUCUUUUAUAUUAGACCUCCGAGUCAGAAGUUCAAGUCCCAAACUCCAGAUCCCUGAGCACAAAAAUCUCGGCUGGCAUUCCCAGUGCUGCACUGUCAGAUGGCGCAGUACUGAGGCUGUGCUGGACAGUCGGAGAUACCGAGUUCUGGAUGCAACAUUAAACUGAGGUCUUGUGUGGAUGUAAGCAAUCCCACAGUAAUCUUUUGAAGAGCCAAGGAGAUUCCCCACCCCUCCCCGUCCACACACAGUGUCCUACCCAAUAUCCAUCCCUCAAACAACAUCACAAAAACAGCGUAUCUGGUUUUUAAUCACAUUACUGCUUUUGGGAGCUUGCUACGCACAACUUGGCUGCCUUGUUUCCUAUGUUGCAAAUGUCUGCAAUUGAAAAGUAUUUCAUUGGCUGUAAAGCACUUUGGGACAUCCUGAGGUUGUAAGGGGCACUGUAAGAAAUGCAAUGCUCUCUCCUUGCUGGCACCUCGGAGAGCAUCAGUGCAUACUGUCAUGAUAUACCUUUUGAGAUACUUUGCUCUGCUCGGAUACCAGUUAGCAACCACAGGGAAAAUAAAAAGCAGGAUUUGUUACCAGGCUGUCGUGUGAUGACAGAGUGACAUUGGGAGGUAGCUUCGAGCAUAUAACAUGGUUUAGCUAGUCUAAUGAGAGUAGAAUUGGGGAGAGAAAAUGAAGGGUUUAAAUGUUAAAAUAUAUUGUAUGGUGUACUGCAAAUUGAGCUGAAUGUGCUGUGCUUGGUUAUCCUGAAAUUCCCCCUUCAGUCCUAACAGGCUAGGUAUGACUAGGAUGUGGUGACUAAUCCUCUGGUAGAGUGACAGGAGAUGCUCUAAUGUGAGCACAAGUCUAAUGUUUCUUCUCAAGGUUUUAUUAUUCAUUCGGAAACCUGAUUGAAGAACUAGGACUGGAACAACGUGGGAUGGGAGGCAGUUACA